UGCUGUUUUGCCAACAAGGGAAGUCACCGCUGGUCUCUCCUCACGUAGCCUGUGACGUGGCCAGCAGGGCGUACGUUGCUUUCUUCCGUGUCUCCGCGCGCGGUCCUUUUCUCUCCGGUUCUUGGGACGUUUCCAGACACCUGAACUACCCGUCCCCACCGCGGUCGCAGCUCCUUUAAGGGUAUAGCGCCUUGGCCCUGCUGCAGUCCUUUGAGCCAUGCUUUGCGCGCCUCCAUUGGCCGCUCCGCUUCGCAUCCCUCCACCCCUAAUCGAGCCUUAACCAACCGCUGCCCUUGCGCUUGUAUCAAAAUUCGGAGCGUACCAACGCGGCCCCCGAGAAAGGGGGAACACUUGGAAGCAACCAAUAAGCGGGCGCUGAUCCCCGCGCCUUGGCUGAGCGUGUUCCCGCUCCACCCGCAGAAGAGCAUCGCCUGGCCCUUUAAGGAGCAAAGAGCAGGCUUCUCCCUCCCGCGUGUCCAGCGGAGGAUAACCGCGGCCAAGGUGUGUGCGAUUGCUUGGCGGCGCGGGGCGGCUGCUCUGGAGAUUGCACUGCCUCCCUUCCAUCGCCCGCCGGGCGAGGACAGCCUGGAGCGCUCCUAACGCCAAAGCGGAGCAAGGAACGCCGAAUCCCCGGGGCGCCCGCGCGCGCUCUGCGGUGGGAAAGCAGCCGCCGGAGCGACCCGCCAUCCUGCAAGCGGACUUGCCCGGGAUUCAACUUUCCCCGCGCCAGGCGCCGGUCAUGAGCGGAGGGCAAAUUAAUUGUGUUUAUGGAGUAAAAGAAGCAAUUAUUGAUGAGCAAAAUACUGGACUAGAAGACAGGCAGACUGGAACAUAUCAGCUGUCCGGGGGUCCCCUGGCCGAACUGGAAGCAUGCAGGAGGGGAUUAAUGGAAAGAUGAACCAGGCCCACGUCCUCUUUGACCGAUUUGUCCAGGCUUCCACCUGCAAAGGGACUCUAAAAGCCUUUCAAGAGCUCUGUGAUUAUUUGGAGCUGAAGCCCAAGGAUUAUCGUACUUUCUACCACAAGCUCAAAUCCAAGCUCAGUUAUUGGAAAGCAAAAGCUCUUUGGGCCAAGUUGGAUAAGAGGGGCUGCCACAAAGACUUUAGGAAGGGGAAAGUGUGCGCCAACACGAAGUGUCUCAUUAUUGGGGCUGGACCCUGUGGCCUUCGGACAGCCAUUGAUCUCACCUUUUUAGGAGCAAAGGUGGUGGUGAUAGAAAAGCGUGAUGCCUUCUCCCGCAACAAUGUUCUGCAUCUGUGGCCGUUCACCAUUCAUGACUUGAGAGGCCUUGGCGCCAAAAAGUUCUAUGGCAAAUUUUGCGCAGGAGCCAUCGACCAUAUCAGUAUUCGUCAGCUUCAGCUGAUACUCUUGAAGGUCUCCUUAAUCCUCGGUGUUGAGAUCCAUGUCAAUGUAGAAUUUCAAGGUCUUUUCUGUCCUCCUGAGGACCAGGAGAAUGAGAGGAUAGGUUGGCGUGCACAAGUCUAUCCAAAAACACAUCCUGUAUCAGAAUAUGAGUUUGAUGUGAUAAUUGGAGGGGAUGGAAGGCGAAAUACUUUGGAAGGGUUUCGGCGAAAAGAAUUCCGUGGGAAGCUGGCAAUUGCUAUCACGGCAAACUUUAUCAACCGGAAUACCACAGCUGAAGCCAAGGUUGAAGAGAUCAGCGGUGUGGCUUUCAUUUUCAACCAGAAGUUUUUCCAGGAUCUUCGAGAAGCAACUGGCAUUGAUCUAGAGAACAUUGUCUACUACAAAGAUGAUACACACUAUUUUGUCAUGACUGCCAAAAAACAGAGCUUGCUGGACAAAGGGGUCAUAUUACACGAUUAUGCAGAUACGGAACUGUUACUGUCACGAGAAAAUGUGGACCAGGGGGCUCUGCUCAGCUAUGCCAGAGAAGCUGCUGACUUCUCAACUAAUCAGCAGCUGCCAUCGCUGGACUUUGCCAUCAACCACUAUGGACAGCCCGACGUUGCGAUGUUUGACUUCACGUGCAUGUAUGCCUCAGAGAACGCAGCCAUGGUUCGAGAAUUAAAUGGCCACCAGUUGCUUGUGGCAUUAGUUGGGGACAGCUUGUUGGAGCCAUUUUGGCCAAUGGGAACUGGAAUAGCCAGAGGCUUUCUUGCUGCCAUGGACUCUGCCUGGAUGGUACGAAGCUGGUCCCUAGGAACAAGUCCUUUGGAGGUCCUUGCAGAAAGAGAGAGCAUCUAUAGGUUGCUGCCUCAAACUACACCGGAGAAUGUCAGCAAGAACUUCAGCCAAUACAGCAUUGAUCCUGUCACUCGAUACCCCAACAUCAAUGUCAAUUUCCUAAGGCCAAGCCAGGUACGUCAUUUGUAUGAUACAGGAGACUUGAAGGAUAUUCAUCUGGAGAUAGAAAAUUUGAUGAAUUCUAGGACACCAAAGUUAUCACGGAAUGAGUCUGUGGCCCGUUCUAGCAAACUUCUGGGCUGGUGUCAGAGGCAGACAGAUGGAUAUGCUGGUGUGAACAUAACAGAUCUUACAACGUCAUGGAAGAGUGGCCUAGCACUGUGUGCUAUUAUUCAUCGAUUUCGUCCAGACUUGAUAGAUUUUGAUUCUCUAGAUGAAUACAAUAUCGAGAAGAAUAAUCAGCUAGCAUUUGAUGUUGCUGAGAAAGAGCUUGGAAUAUCCCCCAUCAUGACAGGCAGAGAUAUGGCAUCAGUUAGUGAACCAGACAAGUUGUCCAUGGUCAUGUAUCUCACCCAAUUUUAUGAGAUGUUCAAGGACUCUCUUCCUUCCAAUGAUAAUCUGGAAUUGAAUGCAGAAGAAAAAGCUGCUUUAAUUACUAACACCAAAUCACCAAUUUCCUUCCUAAGCAAGUUGGGACAGACCAUUUCACGGAAACGGACACCAAAGGAUAAAAAAGAGAAAGAUCUGGAUGGUUCAGGAAAGAGGAGGAAAACCAGUCAGUCAGAAGACGAGGACACUUCAAGAAGCUGUCGUGAAGACAGGCCCACCCUUGUAAGUGCUCUGACCGAGAGACGAAUUGAUGCUGCUAUUGGGAACCAGAAUAAAGUGAAGUCCAUGGCAACCCAGCUGCUAGCCAAAUUUGAGGAGAAUGCCCCUGUACCGUCCACAGGCCUCCGGAGACAGCCUUAUCAAGACCGUGCUCUCAGCCAUCCCGCCUAUCGACAGCGAGAGCAGGGCCGCCAUGCCCCAAUACCUCAGUGGAAACAGAUGAGGAAAAAGGAGCGUUGUCGGACCUGUCCCAAAAAAGUGAUCAUGCUCUCUUCUUCCUCCAUUUCUACUUCCUCUCCAUCGUACCCCAGUCAGCAGACCACCAGAGAUCCUCAGACAGAUCCACCUGGAGAACAGAGUCCCAGGCAUCAAUGGAGGACUCAUCAGUUCUUUUCAGAUGACCAUAUGGCAGAGCAAACCCUCACCAUUGAAGAGAGGGCAAGCCAGCUGGCUGCUCUUCUGGAGCAGAGGCCAACAACCAGGCACCAGCCAGAGACAGAGCGAGCUCGUCGAUCAGUUGUCGAGCAGUGGGAGCUCUCCCGUAGCCUCCGCUCUUCCAGCCGCCCCUCUUCUCCCUCAUCUGAUUCCCUCAGACAGAAGUAUAUAAAGAUGUAUACAGGAGGCGUGAGCUCAUUGGCUGAGCAGAUAGCCAAUCAGCUUCAAAGGAAAGACCAGCCUAAAACCCUUCUAGACAAAAAGGAACUGGGUUCCUUAAAAAAAGAAUUCCCCCCCAAUGUUGGAGGCAGUGAUGUCUGUUACUUCUGCCACAAGCGGGUCUACGUGAUGGAGAGGCUCAGCGCUGAAGGCAAAUUCUUCCACCGCAGCUGCUUUAAAUGUGAAUACUGCACCACCACACUGCGCUUGUCAUCCUAUGCCUAUGAUUUGGUGGACGGAAAAUUCUACUGCAAACCUCACUACUGUUAUAGGCUCUCAGGGUAUGCUCAGAGGAAGAGACCAGCUGUGGGUCCAUUGUCAGGGAAGGACAACAAAGGGACUGUACAGGACAGCAUGGCGGCUGAUGGUGCAGGGCGUGCCAAUUCCAUCUCAGCCUCAUCAGAGAAGACUCCAGGUAAACACAGACAACCAGUUCAGCCUUUCCUUAUGGUGGGUCCAGUUUUUCAAAAGAAUUGAUCUGUGAAAUGGUAACCGAUGAAUGAUGUUAGUGUUGCUUGAAAUGGCUUGGAAUAUGGCUUCGUUAAUUAAAUUUCUGUGUUUACCCAAACUCUGACUACUGUAUCCCUGUAUCCCCUGACUCUCACUAAUGUGGUAUCUGAAUAGCAAAACAUCAAAACCUCAAUGAUAAUCCUCCAUGAUUUCUCUGACAGCUAAGGGGACCCCAUAGCCUUUAACUCUAGUGGGAUUCUGUGAUUGACAAGCUCUGAUGUCCUCUGACUAAAUAUGGGGGAUUUUCCUCAUGGUGUUUCAGGAAUGGGCUGUCAAGUCAAAGUGCUACUGAGAGGAGUCUGCUUGACCUUGAAAUUGAUCAAGGGAGCACUUUGUACCAAAAACAUUCACGUGGCUAGGCUGCUCUCUUGGACCAUUGGUAACCAAACUGGAAAGAAAGCUGAAGGAAAAUCAGAUUGGAUUUAGUUCUGGGUCUGGAAAACUAUGGGCCUAUUUAGUUUGUGGCCAAUCUUUGGGAAUGAAGCCAUGAUGGUUUGGCCUUUGAAUGAAUAUUUAAAAGACAUUAAGACUUUUUUAAAUGCAUGAAAAAUUGUAAUUGCAUGACUUGAGCCUGAGGCUUUCCAUUAAUGUAAUUGCUUAGUUGCUGUCACUGAGUGAAUCCCUUAAAAAGAAUUUAAAUCUAGUCGUUCAGAUAAAUAUUGAAAGGGCAGGUUUAAUAUAAAUUUGUUAUUUGAUAGGACAAUAGGUAAUUUGCAAGUGGAGCAGAUUGCCUAUGAACCAGAUUUCUAAUAAUGCUAGGGAGCUUCUGAUUUAUUUUUCUUAGUUUAAUUUGAAUUAAUGGCUGGUGUGGAUUCCUCAGAAGCUACUUACCUGUUAAUUCCUAUUCCCUGCUGGUCAGGAAAGAAAAUUGGCAUCUCAUAUUUUAUGAUUGUUUGCUAGAUAGAGUGGUGUUUCAGUAGUGAGUGACAAGUAUAGGAAAUUAAUAUAUGUGCUACACCAAGCAAUUAGAUAGUACUUUAUAUAUUUAUAGUGUGACUUCAGGGGUCAAAUAGCUAUUUUGUUAACGUGUGUUUUUACAUGUUUGAAUUAUAGAGGUAAUACUAUAAGCAUCCUACUAAAUUGAUUAUAGCAAUAAUUAAAGCACGAAUUAACCCUGUGGUUUGUGGUAUAAAUGCUUUGUGACUUGAUAGUUAAAGUUAUUUCAAAUCAUUGCAUACCAGCAAAAACUCAGAGCUGAAGAAAUGUUGAAUUUUAUCUAGGUCAGACUGGACAUCUUUGGAUUUUUCAGUCCUAGCUUGUUUCCAAAAACAGGUCUUGCAAAGUCUUGUGCAGAUUCUGAAUUGCUACCAAGAAUAAAGAGAGUAGAUUCUUUUAACUGCCAAUGAGAGAAACUGAAAUUAAAGCAAAUUGGCAUUUUGAAGUGUGUAAAUUGUUCCUGAUUUGUCCAGAAAAAGUGGCAGAGGGAUUACUAAUAUAUUAGAAAUGCUGGACAAACUCUGUACCUCAUACCAAUCUAUGUUUGUGAUCAGUUGUCCAUUCCAAGCUCUUGGUUCACAGUGGCCCAGGGCAUGAGAGUGGUGUGCUGCUUUUGCUGUUUGCAUGUUUCAAGCAAAUUAGCAUUCAGUGUUUGCUUGGUUACUAUGGAAUUUUAAAUCUUGUCUGUUAGCUAACUUGGAUAGCAGAGAAGAGAAUUUUACUGCAUUCAGGCUUGUAGUUUAAUAGAUAAAAUAGGUACUUUUCUGUAAGUUGUUAAUAGUUUUCCUGGCACAUGUAUCCCUUCCACUUUAUAGACUGUGUGAUUGUCAUUAGAAUAUAAUUCUAGAUCAAAGAUAUCAUUCACCGAACUUAAAGAAAUACAUUUAGUACAGCUAUUAAAGCAGGCCACAUUUCCUCUUCAUGGCUGCUUCUGAUUUGCAAAGACCCCUGAAAUUGUUUUCUGUGAAUUGCUUUUGAUGUUCCUGCUAUCUGGAGACAUUUUUUGGAAAUCGACUGUCAAAGGCUGCAGUCCUCUCUGCUGGUCCAAGAGUGAUGAAAGUCAGAACUGGUGCUUUUUGCACUUGAACUCCGACAUACUUAUUGCAGUUCUUGUAUUAAACCUGUCUUUGUACUUUUUUCCCUGGGACUCUUGUGCCAAAUAAUCACUUUACUUUCACCUAUAUGAUACAGUUGCUGCUGUUGCCAGUUAAAGCUAUGUUGGGGGGGAAGAUGAGAGUCCUUGCUUUUCAGUGGUUAUCUACUGUAACAGUUGCCUUUCUUUUGUAUUUUUUGGAUUGUUUUACACUGAGUGUUAAUUUUUUUAACGUGCAUUUUUAAAUAUACAAAUGUUAUUCAUUCUGUUUGUAAAGUGUUCUAAAUUAUGUCGAUUGUCCCAAGUCUAGUUCAGACUUUCCACACUGGUGUCUUCUAUCUUCGAGAACAGAGAUCUCCAAAUUUGGCAACUUUAAGACUUGUGGACUUCAACUCCCAGAAUUCCCCAGCCAGCAAUUGAAGUCCCCAAGUCUUAAAGUUGCCAGGUUUGGAGAUCAGUGUUGUAAAACUGCCAGCCAAUAUGGCCAGUGAUGAAUCAUGAUCCAGCACAUCUGGAGAACAUCAGAUUGAGGGAAGCAUAUUUCAGGAGCAUGGAACCAGUCUCAUAGAUGUAAUGAAACUAUGGCAAUUUUCCUUUCAUGAAAAACCUGAAUUGUUACAUGCACAAUCCAGGAUAUCUCCCGUGAUUAAAAAAACAAACAAACACAAUAACAUUUACAUUAUUGUUUUAAACAAAUAUUCUUGCUUCUGAGAUGGAAGUUCAGUAGGUUGGUUCCCUUUGGAUUAAGAAGUUAAGAUACUGUUCAAGUAAUUAAUUUUUCUCAGACUGGUGUUCCCAAGGUUAAUUAAACCACCAUCUCUUUUUGUUUCCAAGUACUUCAGUUAUUAGUUAUUCUGGCUGGUGAUGAUGGAAGGUAUAAUUCAGUAGUCUGGAGAGCACUAGUAGAGAAGGCUACCCAACACACUGGCCAAGAUACUUGGGUUACUAGGAAAUUAAUGUUUACAUUUAUGGAUUAAGAUCUGGAUAUAUAUUUAAUCACAUAAUGUGGGCAAUGUUCUAAGUAGAGAUUUCAUAAAGCUGCAUACAGGCUGCAUAUUGGGGUAGGGGUGGUGUCUCUGCUUCUUGAUAUUCUUGAAUGAGAGUUGAUUGGAUUCCUAAUGGUGGUUAGGCAUUUGCUGAAGGAUAGAAAAAGAAUAGAAUGCUUGAAUGGUUGAAAGGAUUUUAGUUUUAGCUAUCUAUUGUAGAACACAACUCCACAUAAUUUUCCAAAAUUAUCAGAGAUGGUUCCUAAACUCACAUGGUUUAAACUAAUCACAUUUAGUUUCUACAAAUUGAUUAAUCCAGUGCAUACACUUAGAAUUGAGGGCUUCUGUUGAGAGGCAAUUAAGAGUUGUUGAUAAUUAAGUGGCAUAUACGUUUAAUAAAUUAUUAGAUUCACAGUGUAAGACUGGUGGAAAUUAAUAAUUCAAGUCCUAACCAAGGAGCUAAGAAUGACUAAGAGAGCAUCUAAGAAUAAAGUAGGAUGGGGUUUUUUUUGCAAAAUUGGGAUAUUCAGAACUGAUAAAUUCAAUAUUUCCACAUAUCAAAAAAAUCCUUUCGGUAUCCCUCUGAGAGCACCAAUCAAUUAUUAUCAUUAAUUUAGCUCACUGCUAAAAUUUGAUAAUGGUAUUUUAUAACAAUAUAGCUGUAAUAAGGAAUCAAUGACACGUGUUCCAUGCACAAUCUUUAAAAAUUGUAUCCCUUUCUUAAAGGCAAGAGGUCUUGAUUUAAAACUAAUUUUUUGUUGUUUUUCUUUACUACUAUACAUGAUUUUUGUAUGCAGAUCAUUCAGUAUACCAAACUUGGGUUUGGUUAAUUUAAGCUUUUCACCAAGGAUUAAAUGACUGUGUUUGUUAUUUAAAAUAUAUAUUCUUAUUGUACCUGGCCAAGGCACUGCAGUAUAAGAAAAUUUCAGCUCUAUCAUGAAAAAGUAGAUUUUUACGAUCUCCACUGUUGCUGUACAGUAUCUGUCAAACUGCUAAAUUAAUCCUUCCUAAAGUGUUUCCUUUAUAUAGCAAAUUACUUUGGAAACCCUGUAAGUCGUCAAAAUGUAUACUGUGAACUCCAAACAUACAAGACUUAUUAUUUUCCUCGACAACUGGAUAAAAUAGUGACAGUCAAACUAUUAUGUUAGAUUAAAUGACAUAUCAAAGAUGGAAAUAGACCAAUCACAUCCAAGAGAUUUUGGAUCAUUUGGUAUAUCAAAGCAGCCAUUCAGGGUUUGCUAGUUUGCAUCUUAUCUUUGUUUGUUUGCAAUGAGACCCUAAGUUAGACUUCCAUAAACUGUUCUUCCUCCAGAUGUGUAAACCUCAGUGCCCAGAAUUAUCAGCAAUAGACAUGUUGUCUGGACAACCUGGAAGUCCUCAUAUUUAGAGAGCACACAGUGUGGAGAAGACUGCCAUUGUGCAAAUAGUACUCUAGAACACUGCCUAUUUUAUGUAGGCUACACACCUUUAACAUAGAUGAUGCUGUCAUAUAAAAGUAUCAUCCUGUGAUAGCAGUCAUUCUAUGAAAUAUAUUGCUUAGAUACAUUAAAGUUUCUCUGGAAUAACAUCUUAUGGAUUUAUUUCUAGAUGGUUUAGACCACUGUUUCUUAAUUUCUGCAACUUUAAGACGGGUAGACUUCAGCUCCCAGAAUUUCCCCAGCCGUCGCAUGCUACCCAGAGGGAUUCUGGGAGUUGAAGUCCACCCAUCUUAAAGUUGCAGAGGUUAAGAAACACUGGCUUAGACACAACUGUUGCAAUGUAUGAAACUGCCAUUAGACUAACGUUAAUAAACAACCAGGAGGGAUAAUUAUUACAGUGUAUAUUGGGGAACUAUAGGUAGGGUCCCUCUCUUUUAAAACAGAGUCUUUCAGAACUUGACUUAGAAUUGUCUUGUUCUGGGUUCCCAUCACAUCAAUGUUCUUCCUAAGUUUUUAAAGCACAACAAAAUCACCCUACCAUACAAUACAUAAAGGUGAGGUAAUGACUAUGGAAUGCCAAAGAAACUAUAGCAAAAGGACAGGGAUAAAAAUGGGGUCUUCUGCAUGUUUACAAUGUAAGAAACAUUCUGGAAGCGCUACAAAGCAGAAAGCCAUAGGAUACUGGAACUCCAGCAUAAAUUGCAGUGGAGAACAUUUUUUUUGCUGGGGAAAUGAGUUUUUUUCCUCUCUUUUUCAACCUUACAAUGACUUGCUUUAUUUGUAUGUAAAUGCAUUUCUUGAAAGAUAUGGGUUAUUCUGGGCAUUUUCAUAAACAAUAUGCAAUACUGCUUGUGUAUUGAUGUUAAAAUACUUUGUAUCCUGGAAAAGAACAGUAGUUUAUUUCUUUUUGACUCCAAGGUACUUUUAUUUAAACCACUCAUUUUUUGAAAUGAAACUUGACCAACGUCAGCCUACUUGAGAUAUAGACCGGGGUUCAGGGAGGAAAGGGGAAUGUACUCCAAAAAGCUUGAUAUUUACACCUUACUUUUAGCUUUUGCUUUUUGCACAUAUUAUGGGGGUGAUGGUGCAUAUGCAUGUUUACAUUAUGUAAUUUUGGAUCUCUUCCUACUGUGAAACCAAAUUAUGUUUUUGUGCAUUUUAAAAAAGGAAAUAAAUUCCAAGCAAUA